AUGCGUCUGGGUGAUGAAGAGCAGGUCAUCAUCCCCUCUAUAUCCACAGGUUCACUUGGGCUUGAUGUCGCUUUAGGUAUCGGUGGUCUGCCAAGAGGCCGGGUCGUGGAAAUUUACGGGCCUGAAUCGUCGGGUAAAACCACGCUGACGCUACAGGUCAUAGCGGAAGCGCAGAAAGCGGGCGGCACCUGUGCGUUUAUCGAUGCAGAGCAUGCGCUGGAUCCAAUCUAUGCACAGAAUCUCGGCGUCGACACGGACAACCUGCUGGUUUCUCAGCCUGACACCGGCGAACAGGCGCUGGAAAUCUGUGACAUGCUGGUACGUUCCUCAGCCCUUGAUGUCAUCAUCAUUGACUCCGUUGCCGCGCUCACACCUAAAGCUGAAAUCGAAGGUGAUAUGGGCGAUUCGCAUGUGGGCUUGCAGGCACGUCUGAUGAGUCAGGCAUUACGAAAAAUGACCGGCAUUAUCAAACAGUCGAACACUAUGGUUAUUUUCAUUAACCAGAUUCGUAUGAAAAUCGGUGUCAUGUUCGGUUCACCUGAAACCACUACCGGGGGUAAUGCAUUAAAGUUUUAUUCUUCGGUACGCCUCGACAUCCGACGUAUCGGAGCCGUGAAAGACGGUGACGAAAUUGUGGGUAAUGAAACCCGCGUUAAAGUGGUAAAAAAUAAAGUAGCACCGCCAUUCCGUCAGACCGAAUUCCAGAUCAUGUAUGGCAAAGGCAUUCACCGUACUGGCGAAAUUUUAGAACUCGGUGUUCAGGAAGGUAUUGUUGAGAAGUCGGGUGCCUGGUACGCGUAUGGUUCGGAUCGCAUCGGUCAGGGUCGUAAAAAUGCGGCAGACUUUCUGGAUGAGCACACUGAUAUGCGUGACGAGAUUGAAGGCUUAGUAAGAGCCAAGCUGAUGCCGCAUCUCGCAAGCGAAAAAACCGCCGACGUGGUUACCUCGGCGAAGAUCCACUUUGUCGAGGUCUUGAACAACGUCACCUGCCUCAAGCUGCAGCGUCGUUACCCGGGGCAAUCGAAUGACCAGCUGAAUGAGCUGAUCACAGAAUUAAAAACGUUGAAUCUGCUCAGUGAUCUACGGUUUACCGAAUCGUUGAUCCGAUCUCGAAUCAACAAAGGUUACGGUCCUUAUUUCAUUCAGCAGGAGCUGGCCAGCAAAGGCAUUAAUAAAACGUUGAUCGAAAGCCAACUAGAAAGCGCUGAUGUCGACUGGCUCAGCUCUGCACAAGAUCUGGCCGAGCGUAAAUUCCCAGAGGCUGCAAGCGAUGAGUUGAUCUGGGCAAAAGCGAUACGUUUCCUGCAGCGGCGGGGUUUUGCGGGUCAGAUCAUCAGUUCAGCACUAGGCGGGCGUCCGACCGCACAUCCGCUGAUUGUUGGUGUUAUGAAGACUGCGGAACUGCGUCAGGCUUUUCUUUCCUUCUUUGAGGAAAACGGCCACAAAAUUGUGCCCUCCAGCACCCUUGUCCCUCACGACGACCCUACGUUGUUGUUUACCAAUGCUGGCAUGAACCAAUUCAAGGAUCCGCUUCUCGGUCGCUCCGAUCCUGGCUAUUCCCGCGCAACCUCCGCCCAGCGCUGUGUGCGAGCGGGCGGCAAGCACAACGACCUCGAAAAUGUGGGUUAUACAGCGCGCCACCAUACCUUUUUUGAAAUGCUGGGAAAUUUCAGCUUUGGAGACUACUUCAAAGAAGAAACCAUUCAUCUAGCCUGGCGUUUCAUAACCCAGGUCUUGCAGCUGCCAACGGAAAAAAUCUGGGUCACUGUUCAUCCGACUGAUGAUGAAUCGCGCAAAAUCUGGAUCGAAGAUAUAGGUGUGCCGGCUGAGCGUGUGAUCGAUCUGGAAGAAAACUUCUGGACCAUGGGCGACACUGGUCCCUGCGGACCGUGCACCGAGUUAUUCUACGAUCAUGGUGACGAAGUUGAAGGUGGUCCACCGGGCUCUCCAGAAGAGGAUGGCGAUCGCUAUAUUGAAUUCUGGAAUCUGGUGUUUCCCCAGUUCGAUCGCUCCGCUGAUGGUACCCUGACACCUCUGCCCAAGCCGGGUGUAGACACCGGUAUGGGGCUUGAGCGGAUCAGCGCCAUCAUGCAGGGGGUGCACUCCAAUUAUGAAAUUGAUCUGUUCCGCAGGCUGUUGGCUGCAGCAGGUCAAUUCGCGGGUAUCAAUGAUGUAAAAGCGGCCAUUGAAAAUCCGUCUGUGAGGGUGAUCGCUGACCAUAUUCGUUCCUGUGCGUUUCUGAUAGCUGAUGGCGUGAUACCAGGUAACGAAGACCGAGCGUAUGUCUUACGCCGGAUUAUCCGUCGGGCGUUGCGACAUGGUAACAAGCUGAAUAUCAAGGAACCCUUUUUCCACAAGCUGGUUGCUGUACUGGUUGAAGAAAUGGGUGAAGCCUAUCCGAUCCUGGCUGAACAGCAGCGUCAUGUGGAAGAUGUGUUACGCAGUGAGGAGGCCAGAUUCAGCGAGACGUUGACCCAGGGGAUGGCGCUGCUCAAAAACCACAUCGAGACGCUGCAAGGCAACACCCUCAGCGGCGACGUUGUUUUUCAGCUGUAUGACACAUACGGUUUUCCUGCAGAUCUCACCGCUGAUGUUGCCCGAGAACGUAAUCUCGAGGUUGACAUGGCCGGCUUUGAAACUGCCAUGGAAGCCCAGCGUUCACGUGGGCGUGCUGCAGCAAGCUUCAGUACAAGCCUGGCUCAGCGUGUCAGUGUUGCCUCGGCAGUUGAUUUUCUGGGCUAUGAGGGUGUCUCCGAAAAAGCAGAAGUAGAAGCCUUGUUUGACCUGGAAGGUAAGGCAGUGACUGCCCUGCAGGUAGGUGAGCGUGGUGUUGUCGUGCUGGAUCGCACACCAUUCUACGCGGAGUCUGGCGGGCAGGUCGGUGAUCAGGGAAGGCUCGUUGCAGGCGAUGCACUCUUUCAGGUGGAAGAUACCCUGAUUACGGGCAAUCAACAUAUGCAUGUCGGCGCGAUGCAGGCAGGCAGUUUGAGUGUGCACGUGCCGGUUCUGGCUGAAGUGGACGAGAUUCGUCGGGAUCGUAUCCGAGCUAAUCAUUCCGCAACACAUUUACUGCAUGCAGCGCUGCGUAAUGUGCUGGGCGAGCACGUGCAACAGAAAGGCUCGUUGGUCAAUGAUGAAAAGCUGCGCUUUGAUUUCUCGCACGGCGCAGCCCUUACGGCGGAGCAACUCUCGGCCAUUGAGGACCAGGUCAAUACGCACAUCCAAAAGAACAGUGCUGUAGAGACGGCGUUAAUGAAUUAUGACGAUGCGGUCAGCAAAGGCGCGAUGGCGUUGUUUGGUGAAAAAUAUAGUGACCAGGUUCGCGUGCUGAGCAUGGGCGGUGGUUACUCCGUAGAGUUGUGUGGUGGCACCCAUGUCAACAGAACCGGUGAUAUUGGUCUACUGAAAAUCACAGCAGAAACCGGUAUCGCUGCAGGCAUUCGUCGUAUUGAAGCGGUGACCGGAAACGGUGCUCUUGCCUUGAUUCGGGAAACAGAUCAUCUGCUGGAGGCACUGAGUCAGCUGCUAAAAGUUGGCCGGGGGGAACUGAUCGAUCGAGUGCAGAAUACGCUGGCAGAAAAUAAACAGCUGCAAAAGCAGCUGGCUGAAGUGUCACAGAAGAUGGCUGCCAGUCAGGGAUCAGAUCUGGCUUCGCAAGCCGUGAAUAUCAAUGGCGUUAAUUUUCUUGCCAGUGAAGUGGAGGGUGACAACAAAGCCAUGAUGCAGACAUUGGAUACGUUACGCUCUCAGCUGGGAGAGUGUGUUGUUAUUCUGGCUCAGGUAAAUGCGGGUAAAGUCGGUGCUGUCAUCGGUGUUUCUAAACAGGUGAAAGAUAUAGUCAGCGCGCCGGACAUCAUGGCACAUUUUGGUCCAUUGGUUGGUGCUAAAGGCGGCGGUCGUCCUGAUCUCGCGCGUGCUGGUGGCGGCGAUAAUCCGUCAGGUCUGGCUGAUGCUUUUGCCGCGGCUCAGGCCUUUGUAUCCGAGCAAUUGGGAUAA